UUUAAUUGCUAUUAUUGUUAUUAUUAUAAUGGGAAAUUAGUCUCAAAUAUUGCAGCUAAAGAUUUCCAUCAGUCAAAAUGGCUCAGGAGAAGGCUGUAGCCGCUGCAACCGGAAUAUUGGUAGAAGAAAUAGAAGAUAAGAUAUUGGCUGAAUUUCGAAAAACAGAAGAAAGAAUUAAAUUUACACUGAAGGAAGUACAUCAUUUCCUUCGUAAUAAACUAAUCAAGACUGUCGAUACCGAUUGGUUAAACGAGUUGAAAAAUGUAGAAAUGCGACUGAUGGACUUGCAAAGAGAAUACGAGCUGAGAUUAUCAGAGAAAUGCCAUAGAGCCAAUACGAAGAAGACAAUUAAAGAAUAUUCUAAAUAUCUACAAAGAACUCGUACAACUGGUCAAAAUUGAAAUUUUUGAAGAAGAAAUUGUAUUUUUUUAACAAAAAUUAUUUGAAUCUCGUAGCAAGAUAUAUAAUUUUUAUGUUAAAGAAACAAAAAAAAGACCAAAUCUUAGAAAGAGUUGUCUGUAAUGGGACUGAUAGGGAUUAGAUUAGGGUCCGAAUGUAGAACUAACUACAUCCAUUGUCGUAAGUUAUAAAAGAUAUACUAAUGAAAACAAUAAACAG